CUCACCAUGCUGAACAAUGUCUUCAACGUGUUGUACAUGAUUCUGGAGCUGCUGAUUGCCCUGCUCUCGAUCCUGGGCAACGUGUUGGUCUGCUGGGCAGUGGGCCUCAACAGCAACCUCCAGAGCAUUACCAACUUCUUUGUUGUUUCGUUAGCCGUGGCGGACAUCGCAGUGGGUGUGCUGGCCAUUCCCUUUUCCAUCGUGAUCAGCACUGGUUUCUGUGCCAAUUUCUACGGUUGUCUGUUCAUCGCCUGCUUUGUCCUAGUGCUGACCCAGAGCUCCAUAUUUAGUCUUCUGGCCAUUGCCAUCGACCGCUACAUUGCUAUCAAGAUCCCGCUAAGAUACAACAGCCUAGUAACCGGGCAGCGUGCCAGAGGCAUCAUAGGGAUCUGCUGGGCUCUGUCGGUAAUCAUCGGUCUAACGCCCAUGUUAGGCUGGCAUAAAGACCACUUAAAAGAGGCCCUCAACGGCACCUGUCCACCCGGUAUGAUGGCGUGUUUGUUCGAGGAUGUGGUGGUCAUGGACUACAUGGUUUAUUUCAACUUCUUCGCCUGCGUGCUGCUGCCUUUGCUCCUCAUGCUGGCCAUUUACCUGCGGAUCUUCAUGGCUGCGCGCCACCAACUUAAAUGCAUUGAGUCCAAAGCCAUAUCCUGCGAGCUCAAGUCUCGCUCCACCCUGCAGAAAGAGAUCCACGCCGCAAAAUCUCUGGCAAUUAUCGUCGGUCUGUUCGCGGUUUGCUGGUUGCCGCUGCACAUCAUCAACUGUUUCACUCUGUUUUGUCCGACGUGUAAACGGCCGCCGGUUCUGAUCAUGUACCUGGCUAUAAUUCUCUCGCACGCAAACUCAGUUGUGAACCCGUUCAUUUAUGCUUACCGCAUACGUGAAUUUAGAUACACUUUUAGAAAGAUCGUACGCUAUCAUAUUUUGAGUAGACAAGAGCCUCUUUCUUGCAACGGGAGCACCCGUACCUCAGCCCGAACGAGUGUGGCGGAUUCACUCCGGAUUAAAGUCAACGGUUUGGCGCGAGACCUCUACAUCGAACAGAGCAGCACCACCAGCAGCUGUGAAAGUGCCGAACUCGGCCACACACACAGACCUGUUACUACGGAAAACUCUGUAUUAGACAACCAGCCUAUGGAACUCACUAGUUCUCACAGACAUCCGGGACUGAGGCAUCCAGAGUCACCGCUCUCUGGGAAUAAUAAGGGCCUUGCGUGCAGGAAUGCCGUAUUUGACAUUACGGCUGGGAAGGAUCCAUCCUCGCCACUUCACGUUAAAUCAGCUCUGUACCUACAAACAGCCCACUGUGUUGAACUCGCAGAGGUUUCCUGAUAAUUAAUACACUCUGAAUGAUGGAUUCUAAUUAUUUAUUUGCUGCUUCAAAAAAAUGAUGAAAUACAAAGUACGUAUUUUUGCUUCUUUAAGGACUUGACAUUAUUGUGGACCUGUAGCAGCUCAGGACUGACUAUGUUUCAUAUUGUAAUGACUGUAAUGAUAAUGUAAACAUAUUAAAGAGCAUCAAAAAUGAAUAUCACUUUUUUUUUUUUUUUUUUUUUUUCAGUCUUAGAAAUGUAAAAAUUGUGAAUUCUAAAAAUCUCCUUUUCAGUUCAUGAGUUGGAAUUGGUCACAGGAUGCUGAAUUGGAAGUUUUUUUUUGUUUUUGUUUUUUGUACAAAAUAAAUAAAUUAGUAUUCCCAAAAUUAGAACAGUAAAACGGGUUAGAGACAUUUAUCUUAAUUGAAUUCAAUACCCUCAACAAUUAACACAGAAAUUAAAAACUAUUUUAUUUUUGCCAUACAGACCCACAAAAUGUCCAUUACAUUUUGCAAGAUAGCAUUAUAAAAUAAAUAUUGAAACAUUUGAAUCUGUUGAUUAUAUGGUAUAUUUAUAUAUUGAGUCGGAGUAAACAAAUGUUCUUUCACCAUGGUCCAUAAGGUAAACAUUAUUGAUUAAAUUUAGACCAGUGUGUAUUAUGUAAGAUGUAACUAAUGUCUGCACUGCACUUCCAUUUUAAUUCUACUUCAUAAAUCCAAAUUUGAAUUACAA